AUGGAUCUGGAAUAUCCGCCGGGUUCAUCGGGGUUUCUGGUGGAUUCGAAGGAGGUAGAUGAGGGUGAGAUGACUGGGAAGCAAGGUGUUGAUUCAGAUUUGAGGAAAGAAGAUCAAAGUUGGGCAUCGAAGGUGAAGGAUAAGAAGAAAUUGAAGAAGUAUGAGGUUGAGAUUUCGAUCAAGGACGGGAAGCAUAAAGUGGAGAUCCCAGACGAAGUCAUCACGGAUUCUAAUCCGAUUUGGGAUGAUUUCGUGGUGGGUAAGUUUCUGGAUCUAGCUCCUCACAUAGCUAAGGUUAACAUGGUGGUUAACAAGGUUUGGAAGUACGGUGAUUUGAGUACGAAGGUGGAUGUCUAUGAUGUGAAUCCAACUACGAUGAGAUUUAAGGUUUCAAAUCCGAAGGCCAGGGGAAAAAUUCUCAAGAGGGGUAUGUGGAACAUAGCAGGCGUUCCCAUGAUAGUCACGAAAUGGUCACCUCAAACGGAGGAAGAGAAACAGGAGGAGAAGGCGAUACCAAUUACAGUGGGGCUUCCGGAGAGGCUACACCCUGAGACUAUUGCUUGCACCAAUCUGGAAGAGGCUAAGGUUUUUGUUCAUGUGGAUGUUACUAAGGUCUUGCCUAAGGAAAUUGAUUUCUCAAAGGAUGGUAAGGAAUUUACUGUGAAGUAUUACUAUCCUUGGCUUCCUUCAAAGUGCAAUCUAUGUGAUAAGUGGGGUCAUAAUGAGAAUGUGUGUGUGAUGAAUGGGAAGCGUAAGAAGAAAAAAGAAGGAUCUGCUAGAUCAAAUAACUCUAAGGAAGCAAAGGAGGGGACAGAAAAUGAAUCUAAAGGCACUGAGGAUAAUACAGAGAAGAUUGAAAGGAAAGCAGGUAGAACUCCGCUGUCGUCGUCGCAUUUGAACAAUGCAGAGAUUCAGAUAUCUGCUUCUAAAUACUCAGCAUUGAGUAUUGAUGAGGAGCAGGAAGAUUCGGAAGAGGUACUUGAAAUAAAAGAGAAUGAAGGUAAUGAAGUAGAGGAGGGGGAAUUUUUACUAGAAGAGGAUCCUGAAGAGAGGGAUCAACAAAGGGUGAGUGAUAGUGACCUGCUGGAGGAUGAAAUUCUCGCACAGCAAGUCAAGGGAAGAGAAAAAGUGGGUGCUCAGAAAGGUCAGAAGCGCGGACAGAAGGCUAAAGCUCAGGAUGCAAAUCCAAAGUGGGUUAGUAAUAAGGAGAUGUUGUUUGGAGGUAUUUUGGAAACUUGGGUUAAAGAAAGUAAGGCGGAGAAGAUUUUGAAGGCGGUUUUUAAUGGUUGGUCAUCUGUAACAAAUUAUGAUUGUAGUGAUGGAGGAAGAAUUUGGUUACUCUGGAGGGAUUCAGUGAGGGUAACUCCGGUAUACAAGUCGGAUCAGUUGAUUACGUGUUCUGUGGGUUUGCAAGAUGAAGAUGAGUUUUACUGUACUUUUGUCUAUGCAAAGAAUCAAGCUGAGGAAAGGAAGAGUCUGUGGGAAGAUAUCUGUCAUAAUUAUAACUCUCCUAGCUUCAGUAAUAGAGCUUGGUUGAUAAUGGGGGAUUUCAAUGAAAUAUUAGAUGGGGAGGAAAGUUCAGGUUUCUUGGACUCGGGAAGAUUGCCCAGUGGCAUGAGAGAUUUUCAACGCACGGUACUUCAUUGUCGUCUAUCUGAUAUGGGGUAUCAAGGGCCUCUUUACACUUGGUGCAAUAAGAGAGAAGAAGGUACUAUUUGUAAGAAGCUGGAUAGGGUGUUGAUGAAUGAUAAUGCUAUUCAUCGGUUUUCAAAUGCGUACUCGGUAUUUGAGCCCGGUGGCUGCUCAGACCAUGUGAGAUGUAAAAUUCAGAUUCUGCCACCUAAGGAGAAGAUUCGACGGCCUUUCAAAUAUGUCAAUAUAAUUGGAAGUCUUCCUGGUUUUCUCCCGAUGGUGAAGGAAUAUUGGGAUUUUACUGAGAGGUUGUUUCAUUCUACAUCAGCUUUAUUCAUGUUCUCUAAGAAACUAAAGAAUCUGAAACCUCUUAUUAGAGAAAUGGGUAAAGAGAAGCUUGGGAAUCUGUCAAAGAGAACUAAGGAGGUGCAUGAGGUUCUUUGUGUGAGGCAGCAGAACACCCUUUCUAAUCCGAGUAGUAGUAAUAUUCAUGAGGAAGCUGAGGCUUAUGAGAGGUGGUUACAUGUUGCUGGAUUGGAAGAAGGUUUUCUACAGCAGAGAGUUAAAUUACAUUGGUUGGAUGUUGGAGAUCAAAACAACAAGUCUUUUCACAAUGCUAUUAGAUCUAGGCAGGCUCAGAACACAAUUAGAGAAAUCAGAUGCUCUGAUGGUAGAAUGGUAACGAGUCAUGGGGAUAUUAAAGAAGAAGCUGUGAGAUUCUUUGAGGAUUUUUUAAAUCUCCAUCCCUCAGAGUUUAAAGGUACCUCAAAGGAUGAAUUGCAAGAGUUGAUUGAGUUUCGUUGUACUAUGGAGGAUUAUAGAAUGCUAGAGCAUGAGGUUUCUGAGGAGGAGAUUAAGAAAGUACUCUUUGCUAUGGCGUCAAAUAAGUCUCCAGGGCCUGAUGGUUUUCCUAGUGAGUUCUUCAAGACUACUUGGUCGAUUAUUGCACAUGAUUUCACAGUGGCUAUUCAAUCAGUUUUCAGGUACGGGUUUCUACCUAAGGGCGUUAAUUCAACGAUCUUAGCUCUUGUGCCUAAGAAAAUUGAUUCGUUGGAAAUGAGAGAUUUUCGGCCUAUAGAGUGUUGCAAUGUGCUAUACAAAGUAGUGUCGAAGAUUCUAGCAAAUAGACUGAAGGAGCUGCUCCCUAGAAUUGUUGCUGAGAAUCAGUCUGCGUUUGUCAAAGGGAGAUUACUUAUGGAAAAUGUCUUACUAUCUUCUGAGCUAGUAAAAGAUUAUCAUAAGGAGUCGGUUUCUCCUCGGAGUGUGAUGAAGAUAGAUAUCUCUAAAGCAUUCGAUUCUGUUCAGUGGUCUUUCGUGUUGGAGAGCUUGGAAGCCAUGGAUUUUCCUGAGAAAUUUAUACACUGGAUCAAGCUAUGCAUUACCACUCCUUCCUUUUUGGUUCAAGUGAAUGGGGAUCUAGCAGGCUACUUCCAGAGUACAAGAGGUUUAAGACAAGGCUGCUCUCUGUCUCCCUACCUGUUUGUACUUUGCAUGAAUAUUCUCUCUUUGAAGAUUGAUAAAGCUGUCUUCGAGAAGAAGUUUAAGUUUCAUCCAAGAUGUAAGUCUCUCUCACUUACUCAUCUUUGCUUUGCGGAUGAUCUGAUGGUCUUUGUGGAGGGCUCUAAGAACUCAGUAGAAGGUGUAUUAUCUGUGUUUGAAGAGUUUACUGAGUGGUCAGGUCUGAGCAUCAGUUUGGAGAAGUCCACUAUUUAUAUGGCUGGGAUUUCUGAGGGUGAAAAGUGUAGGAUCUUACAUAAUUUUCCUUUUAAGGAGGGUGAACUGCCUGUGAGAUACCUGGGGCUUCCAUUGAUGAUGCAAGCUACGAAGAAGCAAGAUUACAUGCCACUGUUGGAGAAAAUUAGAAGCAGAAUCAACACGUGGUCUUGCAGGUUCCUCUCAUAUGCAGGAAGACUGCAACUUAUCCAAUCUGUCCUGAUGAGUAUAGUAAAUUUUUGGGCAGCAGUGUUUAGACUACCGAGUCAAUGCAGCAAGGAAGUGGAACAGCUAUGUGGGGCUUUCUUGUGGACAGGUCCUGAGCUGAGAACAUCAGGAGCUAAAGUUGCUUGGAAAGAUAUCUGUAGGCUUAUGGAGGAAGGAGGAUUAGGGCUGAGAGCUCUUAAAGAUAUUAACAAGGUCUAUGGAUUGAAAAUUAUAUGGAGGAUGCUCACUGGUGAUUCUUUGUGGGAUUCUUUGAAUGUGGAAGAGCUGGACAUUAGUCUUUGGAAGCGAGAGUCUGGUUUUAAGCAUUUAUUUUCUACUCAGGAGACUUGGAAGUUGUUAAGAGAGCAGAAGGAUAAGUGCAGAUGGUCUCGAGGCUAUCUACGAUGGACAGGAUAUCGAGUUGGAAUCCAGGAGCUGACUCAACAUAUUUGGGAACAUACGAUUAGAGGUGUCCUUAGAAGCUCUUAUACUAAUCGAUGGUCAAGUAUUAUGCUCUUGAUUACUGAUGGGAUACGGGACAAGAGAAAGCUUUUCUGCAUUAGAUAUGCAUUGCAAGCUGUGGUGUAUGCUGUCUGGAGGGAGAGGAACAAGGUGAAGCAUGGAGAUCAGCUUAUGUCCUUAUCAGUGUUGAAGAAACUGGUUGAUAAAGACAUUCUCAACAAACUUAGUCUUUUGCAAACUAAAAGGAUUGGAGUUCACUCACGAUCAAUUCUCGCCCGUGACUCGACCACCACAAAGAUACUCGACCAUUCGACGAUAGGAGUGGACGAAGUUGCGAACUGGCAAGCGAAGUAUCAUCUUUCCGAUGACGUUGUCAUUAGGAUUCCGGGUCCUAUAGAUACAGUUUUGGACUUUGAGGUUGACGAGGUCCCGGUGUAUGAAGGGUUUUUCGAGUCGGGCUUUAGAGAUAGAGUUCCCUCGCUGGUGGUGAAGGUGUCGGAGGCGCUGGAGAUCUCUCCUGAUAUUUCUAGUGUGGAUCCAUCUUUUGGAGAGAAGACGAUCAAGCAGGUACUGGAACUCCCCAUCGAGCGUCGCCAGGUCCCUUUUCUUGUGAGCAAAGAAGUUUUGGAGCGUUGCAACAUCUGGGGUAAUAUGUCGGGAUCCAAAGGUGUAGUGGCGCUGGCAGAGUAUAAGAGGGCUUUUGAGGUUAUGUCGGCGAAGAAAGCUGGGCCUAAGAAGGCUGCCCCUAGUGAGAACGACGAUGAGGUCCAGUUCAUCAAGAGCAACAAGCGUCAGGCCGCGACUGCUUUAGUUUCUUCUUCUAAAAAGAAGUCUAGGGCUUCGGGAUCUACCCCGAGGGUUUCUCCAUCGUCGUCGAGCGAUCCAGCCAUGGUUUUGGCCAACCUCAACACUAAGGUGUUCCCUUUGACUCCGGUGAUUCUUCCAGAUGGGGAUUCUUCAGCUUCCAUCCAACUCAUCCAGGGUGAUCUCCUCCAGGCGAUGUCUCAGCUGUUCCAUCUUUGCGAGAGGAUGGGUGAUCAUGCUUCGCUCAAAGCUGACCUAGCUGAGUUGACUUUCCAGCUACGUGAGGAGAAGGACAACGUCCUUGCCAAGGAGAAGGAGAUCAAAGCUCUGAAGCUUAAGGUGAGGAACCAAGAUGAAGCUGGGUCACUGGCUGCAGCAAAGAACGUGUCCCUGAGGGAGCAGUUGGAGCGGCGGGAGGAGGAGGUAUGCGACCUGAGAUGCACCACGGAGACCUUUGAUGCUGAGAAGACUAUGGCGACGGAUAGAUGGGAUCUCGAAGGUGCGCUGAAGCAAUACAUGAUGGUGAAAACCUUUGAAGCUGAGUUCCAGGGGCUCCCUGCUUCUACCUUCAAGGGAGAGCAAUCGAUCCCGAGCGGGACUGAGACUGAGAAGACUCCGGAGCCUGUCACCGAUGAUCCUCCUGCCUCCUGA